GGCGGCAGACCACGCAGAGGCUGAACUCGGCCUAGGGCACAGCGCACAGAUGAGGGCCGCCCGGCAGCCUCACCCUUGCAGCCCUGAGCUCGCCCCCUGCUCAUGACAGCAUGGAUAUCCCUUCCAGAGUUGUUGCAGGCCCCACCCUUGGAGUGGGGGCCAAGGCUGGGCCAGCCGGUGGCUGACUGGACACUGGACCCGGAAGAGGAGGGAGGAGGCACCUGGGACCAGCCGCAGCCAUCCACAGGAACGCCCCGCAGCCCUGCUUGCACGGAAGAGGCAGGGGUGUCCUUCCAGAACCGAGCCUCAGCCUCAUCCCCAUCCUCUUCCACCUCCACAUCGACGUGGCUGGACGGUCUGGGCACCACAGCCAGAGCACCUCUUGCUUUGGCGGUGACUGCUUAUAUUAGCCCAGCCAGCAGAUCAUCAUCCAGGCAGUUUCAGCAGAGAGCCUUGGGCACCAGUGACUCCCCAGUCCUCUUUAUCCACCAUCUGGGAGCUUCAGGGACCACACCACUAGAGUACAGGGGCCAAAGAAUCACUGCCAAGCUUGUGAGGGAGGAGGUGGAUUCCAGUCCCCAGCUCCAGAGGCCUGCUUCUCCUUCAGCUCAGCCCCCUACCUGGCCUGCCCUGCAGCCUGACCCUCAGCAGUCCAGAGCAGCCAGAGACCCCUGUCCCAAGGUACCAAUGGGAGUCCCCAUGGGGAAGUCGAUGCUGGUGCUUCUCACCUUCUUGGCCUUUGCCUCGUGCUGCAUUGCUGCUUACCGCCCCAGUGAGACCCUGUGCGGCGGGGAGCUGGUGGACACCCUCCAGUUUGUCUGUGGGGACCGCGGCUUCUACUUCAGCAGGCCCGCGAGCCGUGUGAACCGUCGCAGCCGUGGCAUCGUGGAGGAGUGUUGCUUCCGCAGCUGUGACCUGGCCCUUCUGGAGACCUACUGUGCCACCCCCGCCAAGUCCGAGAGGGACGUGUCGACCCCUCCGACCGUGCUUCUGGACAACUUCCCCAGAUACCCCGUGGGCAAGUUCUUCCAACAUGACACCUGGAAGCAGUCCACCCAGCGCCUGCGCAGGGGCCUGCCUGCCCUCCUGCGUGCCCGCCGGGGCCGUGUGAUCACCAAGGAGCUCAAAGUGUCCAGGGAGGCCAAGCAUCCCAGUGUCCUGGCCGCCCUGCCCACCCACGACCCCGCCCAUGGGGACACCUCUGCGGAGAUGCCCAACAAUCAGAAGUGAGCCAAAGUGACAUAGUUCUGCAGCAUGGUGUCAUCACCCUGUGACCUCCUGACCAGGGACAUUUCCAGCAGGUUCCACCUCUGACAUCACUCUGUCCUACUUCCUCCUCCAGGACUCUCCCAGCCCAGCCCCCCUGCCCCGCCUCCCCGAGUCAGGCUGCUUCCCUGGGCCCCGUCCAUCGGGCCAUUCAACAUCUUUAAAAGCAACCAAAAUUGAUUGGCUUUAAAUACCCUCCCAACCCCCCCCCCCAAUAACCCCCUAAAUUAUCCCCA